GGGCUCUGCUUCUACCACACUCACUACCACACACAGCCUGCAACACACCCCUAAAGUGUUUCAAAAGUGGCUGAAACCUCAUAAAACAAGACUUCAAAUUACUAUGGUCUUGGUGGUGAUUAAGAAUUGUGUUCCUGUUCUGCUGAACCCAGAGAUAUCAACUCCUGAUACUACCACACCGCUACCACAGUCCUACAACUUGCCACACCUGCACAGACUUCUCUUACAAGAAGGCUAUGAUCGGAAACUCAGCGGAAGAAGAACACGACGCACACUUCAGCAAACUCGCUCUCUCUCCUACAGGCAUCAUGGAGGAGGAGCUGACGUGCGCUGUGUGCUCAGACAUGUAUUCUUCAGGACUCAGAGAACCCGUGGCCCUACCCCUCUGCGGCCACACCUUUUGCAAGCAGUGCCUCUCUAGUGUGGAAACCGAAGGUCCCGUACAUUGCCCCACUUGUCGUACCCAGCACCAUGGGGCCUCCAUCGCCAAACUACCUACUGUCUUUGCCCUUUUAAGUCUGUCGGAGACCUUCAACAAAACUGAGCGAGGAGGAUGUGGGGACCACGGAUCACCUCUGGAGUUCUGGUGUCGCGGUUGCCAAGAGGCACUAUGUGGACAUUGCCUUCUGGAGGCUCAUGUUCGAGAUGGCCACCACGUUGAGAAAGCUAAAAUAUUUAUUGAGGAGAGAAAAAUGGAAAUCCACGCUCAGGGAGCUCAAUUAGUCCAGAAAAUACGCGAAAGAAAAGACACUAUAGUCGGCAAUAUAAUUAAUUUCAUUGUCCAGAUCACCCAAGGCGCUGAAGAAAGUAAAAUCCUCUGUUCUUCAACUCAGAAAGUCGAGAAAAUAGUGAAGGACGCUGGGAAUAUCUUUAGCAUCGACUCUGUGUUGAUGUCCUCGACUUUGAUGGAGAGCUUACAAGGGGAGAUCCUGAAACACUCGGCCCAGCGGGCGGAAGAGAUCACUGGCGCUGGAAAACAAAGAUGUAAGUCCUGUAGUGAGACGGAGGCCACCAUUGGUCUCCCUCGUCAGGUAUCCGCCUCCGAGGUGGAGUGGCAGGAAAUACCUUUGGAGGAAACGGAACAGACAACCGUUCAUGAAGACCUUGGUCAGGGGUCCUCUUCGGAUAUCCCAGUAGACUCGAAGCCGAAGACUAGCAAGGAGGAGGCAUUCAUGGAAGGGACCAUAAGCCGGAGCAACAGUGUUCAAGAGGACGUGACUGUAGAAGGCGUUGAAAAGAUAUCUGUUAAGAACUUAAGAACUCCAUGGCCACUUCACUGCAGUGUCGUUGACGGGGAAGGUCGGACAGGCCGCCUCAGGUGGGAACGAAAACGACUCCACUUGUAUGCUCUUACAAAAAACCUGACAGAGGCCCAUCUCCUAGUCCAGAUGUCUCUCCUUCAGACUCUGGUGUCUCGUGAGAAACCAGAAGUAUUCCUGGAUUUAGGUGUCGAGAACGGAAGUAUCGGCCGUGUUUACAUCCGCCUUGAGGGCCGGCUGCGUCGUGCACAACACUUCUUGGCACUGUGUCUGGGUUCUUUGGGACCUUCCUAUCAGGGCAGCAAGUUCCACGGGGUGGCGAAACGAGGCGCCCCCGGGGAAACUCUAGCUGGAGGGAAGUACAUCACCUCUGAAGGUACGAGUGUAAACGGUCUCAUGGAAAAUCUGGAGUGGGGUGGCAAGUACAUCAAGGAGAAGACCGAAGGGCUGGUUGUAGGAGCCAGUGGCGGAAAACCAGAAUUAGAUGCAUUUUUCCACAUUUGUACGCGAGAGAACAGGGGGAAGAAGUUUGCUUGUGCCUUCGGGGAGGUGGUGACUGGUAUGGAGGUGGUUCAUGCCGCCGUCAAGCAUAUCGCUGUCAAGGAUGUUUUUAUCGAUAAUAUCGGAGUUGUCAUACCCACGCUGCCCCUGUAAGUCAGGGAGAAAAUACAAAAAAUGUAACGUUUGGAAUACACAGUGAAGACGGUCACAAAGAAGUACUGCACAAAAAAUAAUAAAGUUUGAAAUAUUCACGAACAGGACUGCAAAAUUGCAAUUAUGAAUAAUGAAAAUUACCUAGAACCCGACUACUUAAACAAUUUUUUUUUAAACAAAUUAUUAUGUUUCUAAAGACGAAUUAACGUUGAAUUGAUUUACUUUUUGUGACAAAUGUAGUGUGUGUGACGUCUUUCAGUAUACGAUAUAUUCUACAGUGAAGAGUGAGAUGCCCCAAUAAAACAGAGAACUACA